AUGGUGCGAAAGCGACGACGAGGAGGGUUGGUGGGUGGAUACACGAUAUACCAUCUCCGCCUUGCCCAGGCGUCUGCCCCUCGACUGACCGGGGGCGGGGUUGGGCUUCGAUUCCCCACCACGACCGACACGCUGAGAUUCGGACCGCUGGGCGGCCGCCGGCGGGACCAAGUGGACCAGCUUCACCAGCUUCACCAGCUUCACCAGCUUCACCAGCUUCCCACUCCUCCUCCUCCAGCCCGCUGUGCUCAAAGUCAAGCCUUGCCCGUCUCCAAACGUCGUGCCAACUCGCUGCGUCCUCCCCUCCACCAUCUCGAAACGUUCCUCUCCAAACCGCACGCUGAGCCCAACAUGGUUCUAGCGGAGAAUGCAAAGCGCGUCGUCGCCGAGUUCGACUUCCACACCGAGGCGCUGCAGAAGGCCGUUGAUGAGUUCCGUCGAGAGAUGGACGAGGGCUUGCACAAGGACGGCACCGAGUUGAGCCAGAUCCCCACAUACGUCACAGGCGUGCCCAAUGGCACCGAGAAGGGCCUCUACAUGGCCGUCGACUUGGGCGGCACCAACUUCCGCGUCUGCUCGGUCCAAUUGCACGGCAACAGCACCUUCUCCAUCACCCGAAGCAAGACGGCCGUGCCCCUUGAGCUCAUGGAAGCGAAAACGUCGGAAGAACUCUUCGCCUUCCUUGCCAAACAAAUAGAGGCAUUCCUCAAGGAGCACCAUGACGAACACUACACCACAUAUAAGCACCGCAAGAGCAUCGGUAGCGCUACCGACGAGGAGAUUUUCAGCCUGGGCUUCACCUUCUCCUUCCCCGUGCACCAGAUAGGCAUCAACAAGGGGCUGCUGAUGCGAUGGACAAAAGGCUUCGAUAUCCAGGACACCGUAGGCAAGGACGUCUGUGCCCUGCUACAGGCCGAGCUUGACAAGCUGCACUUGCCCGUCAGAGUCGCCGCACUGGUCAACGACACCGUCGGAACACUCAUGGCUCGCUCGUACACUUCGCCUGGGAAGACGCGCACACUGCUAGGCGCCAUUUUCGGCACUGGUACCAACGGCGCGUACGUCGAGAAGCUCGACCGGAUCACCAAGCUCGCCAACAAGAAGGAUGCGGGCGACUACGACAAGAGCACCGGCGAAAUGGUCGUCAAUACGGAAUGGGGCUCCUUUGAUAAUUCGCUGCGCACGUUACCCAACAACCCCUAUGACGUCGAGUUGGACAGAAACUCCAACAACCCGGGCAUCCAGAUGUUUGAGAAGCGCAUCUCCGGCAUGUUCCUCGGCGAGCUCUACCGCCUGGCCCUCCUGAACUUGCUGAACCUCCACGACCCGCGCAACCCCUUCUACGUCUCGGAAAGCAGAGAGGAAUACGGCAGCGUUUCCACCAAGUCCCGGGUCAGCAAGGACAGCCCGAUAUUCAAGCAGUGGGGCCUCGACACCAGCUUCCUGAGCAUCUGCGCGGGCGACAACAGCACCAACCUCCGCGUCAUACGCCAGACCCUGGACACCGAAUACAGCAUCCAGGAUGUCAGCAUCGACGACGCGAAGGCCUUCCGCGACAUCGCCGCCGCCGUGGGACGCCGCGCCGCCCGACUCUCCGCCGUCGCCAUCGCCGGCAUCGUGCUGAACUCGGGGAUGCUGGAGGAUGAGAGCGAGGAGGUGAUUGACAUUGGCGUUGAUGGGAGUCUGGUGGAGUUUUAUCCGGGCUUUGAGGCGUAUAUCCGCGAGGCGUUGAGGGAGGUUCCCGGCAUUGGAGAGAAGGGGGAGAAGCGGAUCCGGAUCGGGAUUGCAAAGGAUGGGAGCGGCGUGGGCGCUGCGUUGAUUGCGCUGGUGGCGGCGGGCAUGGCGGGCGCGGGUGCCGAGGCGUAG